AUGGAUAAUAAGGAAUCGUCAGAAGUUGAUUGGAUAGUCUGUUUUGCUUUGAUCAAAUUCAGGAAUCCUACGUUAUGGAAGAAGACUCUUUCAGGAAAGAGAGGGAAAUCUGAAGUUGAGAUUGACGCUGAAGUUGAAGGUGCUCGCAGAAAUGAAAAAAACUUGAAGAUAAAUCCAAGGGAGAACUCAAAACAAAUAUACGAGUGGGUUGCCCCUUUCAAAAAGGGAUUUUUGAAUAAUAAAUCAUUGUUUGCCCAUUUGGAACCAAUAUACAAUUUCAUUUGUCAGAACAAGUACAAAACUUUCGAAAAUGAGAUUGUUUUGAAGGAGUUUGAAUCUUUCAGUCAAGAUAUAUCAAUUGCUGAUUUAAACAACUGGUUCUUACCAAGAUAUAAAAUUCUACUGAAAAUCCUGAGCUUAAAGACAAAAGAAGUCGACCUUAAAGGGAUUUCACGUGUGUUCCAAACAUUUCAAGUUCUCUUGGUUUCCCAUUAUUUACAUCGUUUAGAUUCGGAUUCUUCUUUUAAGAAGACGUUGAUUGACGUUCAUGUUUUUAACUUCAUCAUCAAAUUCCUGUUCAAUAGAAUUCUAUUGAAAAAAAAUCAAAACGAUCCCAAAUGGAUCCAAAAUUUUUAUGAUCAGAAAGAUAGCAACCGUUCAAGUGGAAAAGUUGACUACAGGCAGUUGUGUUCCUUGCAUUUUACCACAAUUUACUCCAUUAUCAAUGUUCAACUCACGAAGAUUAAGAUCAAUCAAACGCUCGAGCCACAAAUAUCAGAAUACAUAUCCGUUUUGAAAUUAAUUGAACACAUACUUGCUAUUAUCGAAAGCUUAGUACAUGUGCUGGUUAGAUUUGUAUCUAAGCGUAAACAGUUAUGUAUCGACCGUAAAAGGGCGUAUUGCCGAAUAUAUCUUGAGAGGGAACUGUGUUUGAGGAAAACCUACCUAAAAAACUUUUACAGUGUAAUAAGCGAGACACCAGGAAAAGAUUUGCAGGAUCUAUUGAAAGUAGUGAAGACAGUUAUCCUAUCGUUACUCGAAAUGUUGGAAAGUAUUGAAUGGAGACACCUAACAGCCUUUCUGGGAAAUUCUCCAGCGCAUAAAGUCACGCUACAAAAGAAAAGAGCGUAUAUACAGGCUGCUUUACUAAUCACGGCCGAAAGAAAUUUGAUUGCACGCUUUCGGUUGUCAAGUUGGUUCAAUAAGACAACAGGUGAUUAUUUCUCAAGAACGGAGAAUACAUCUUCGUCGAAGGUGGGGGGCGACGAUUUUAGUUGA